CUGUACAUAGCAGCGAGCUGCGAGCCGCGGAUUCCGCAUUCAGCCGUGGACGGUCUUUGAGCGCGCGUGUACCGGCCGCGACCAGCGCCACUCGCGACUCACAACCUACACCAACACUGACGCCAUUGAACCGCCUACGAAUAAAUCAUCAUCAUCCAAUAUGAUAGGUGACGAGGAACGCGAACACCAGUGCAAGGAGUGUGGGUUGAGGCUCUCAACUCGAAGCGCGUUGACUGCUCACACGCGCUCGCACCGGGUUGCUGCCGACGCUCAUCGUUGUGACGUUUGUCACAAGACGUUCGCGGUUCCGGCGCGCCUGGUGCGUCACUACCGGACACACACGGGCGAGAGGCCCUUCGAGUGCGAAUACUGCCACAAGAUGUUCAGUGUAAAGGAGAACUUGCAGGUGCAUCGGCGAAUCCACACCAAAGAGCGACCGUACCGAUGCGGAGUUUGCGGAGCUGCCUUCGAGCAUUCCGGUAAAUUGCACCGCCACGCUAGAAUACAUACGGGGGAGAGGCCGCACGCGUGCCCGCAUUGCCAAAAGACGUUCAUACAGUCGGGACAAUUAGUUAUUCAUCUCCGGACGCACACGGGAGAAAAACCCUACCGAUGCCCGGUUCCCGGCUGCGGAAAGGGUUUCACUUGCUCGAAGCAAUUAAAAGUGCACUCACGCACGCAUACCGGCGAACGACCCUACACCUGCGAAAUAUGCCUUCGAGAUUUUGGGUACAACCACGUACUGAAACUGCACAGAUUCCAACAUUUCGGUGAGCGCUGUUAUCGUUGCACGGUGUGCGACGGUACCUUCAACACUAAGAAGCAAAUGGAGGCUCACAUAUAUAAGGAGCAUGGAGCGGAGACGCCUAGGGCUCCACCGACCCCGGCGCAGUACACAGUGCCGUUGGUGGUGAACGGAAACGUCAUGUGUGACAUCGUUGAGGCAGCUCUGCAGCAGUUACCGCCCACGCCCCCAAGCUCUCCGCCGUCGCCCCCCUGCCCAGCACCUUGCACCGCACCUUAUCUCCCACCAAAUCCUGUUCAGACCAUAUUGGCACCUGUCACGCUUCCUUCUCUAACGCCGUCCCCAUCGCCACCAGCGAUAAACACCUCCAUAACGAUGAUGACUCUCGCACCUUCCUCCCUACCUCCGCGAAAACGCAAACUCAUUCCUCAUAUAGAAUCAGUUCCAGCAGAACCAACUGUUCGUCACACAUCUGUUAUACAGUUCGCCCCUGCCGCCGCAGAUUCCUCGUAGCAGUUAGUUAGUUUAUAAUUAAAUUUGUUUGGUAAGGCUUUAUUGUAAUCGAAGGCUCUAAGAUGACUGUCAGAGUCUUUAGCGAUAUAGUUUAGUGAAGCGUAGAAUGAUAAAGUGCUAAUUCUGGUGUACCUAUUAACUUAAAACGAAAUUGACUGGUCUAAUAGUAGUAGACUUUUCGCAAUACCCCGUGUACUAAAAAUAUCUAUAUUAUUAAAACUGUCAAUUUAGUUUACUUUAGAUUUUUUGUUCAACUGAAUUAGCACUUGUGACUUAAGUUGGCAUAAAACAUGAGCUAGGUUUGAGGUUUAUUUGUAUACUGCUGCAAUGAUGUUUUGUUUUAUUCUUGAAAAAAAGACUAAUUAGAUGUUUAAUGUAUUUGUGCUGUCAAUAUUAAUAGAAAUAAGUUUUGUAUUUAUCUACUAUGAGUGUAAUAAUUAUCUCAUUAAAAAAAUGUAAACUAUA